AUGUCUUCAGAGCCUGCGCCGUUGUUGGCUUUGCCAGCGCCAGCUAGCACGGCUUCGGCCUCAACAUCAGCUUCAACCACUUUGCAGCCAGCCAAGCUAACAACAACGGAUCAGCAGCAACAACCCGCCUCGACACCUCAAAAGCUUACAUCACAACCGCAGCAGGUACCUCAACCAGCACCACCACCUACGUCGCAACCACAACAACAGCAGCAAGUCACAGCAAACCACCCAGCAUCAAUAGCAGCCGCUGCAACCGUCGCUCUUUCUGCGACUUUACUCGAUCCAAAUGAGUGGAACGCACUUGCAUCCACCAGCAUGGUAACGCUGGACGACCUCAGAACGGCAUUCUUGGAACAACGACAACAGCAGUUGAAGGAUCUGGAACGAACACACAAAGAAUCUUUGCGAGAGAUGCUCUUUAUGUCGGAAACGUACGACAAGGCAGAGAUUGCAGGAAGCCCAUGGAAGCUCGCACAGAGCAUGGAAGUUGCAAAGGAUGAUUCUCGGGUGCAUGUCAAGGACUUUAUGACACAGUACCAACUGUCGUUGGACAACCAGAAGUCGAUAAAGGAUCAUGUCCUUAAGCAGCCCAAAGCACUAAGAGACUUAGUCUCUCGCGAGCUCAAAACGGGACCAGUUGAAGUUGCACCUCCGCCGACACCAACUAGUGCGACUGCACCUUCAGCUGCCGAUGCUCAGCGCGAUCAUGACCGAGUCAAGGAACUGGAGCAGAGUAAGAGCGCAGACACCCAUCGGAGCCAGGCGGUCGCACGCGCAGCUGCUACAGUGCAAGCUCGUGCCAUUGCGGAAGGGGUUGGAAAGAUCAGACCUCUCACAAUUGCAGCUGCCGAGACUCAGGGUGUCCGUGUCGCUCCUCUUCUGCCUGGUCAGGUGCCCAGCUUCGUCAUCGAGUCUACAACCGCCGUGCUUCCCAUCGCAGCAGGGACAGGUCCUGCAGCUGCGACAACAUCGGCAACUGACCUUGGCGCCGACAGCUCGACACCUGCCGUCAAGAUAGAAUCGCCUGGAAAGACCGUCUCCUCGCCUUCCAAGGGCCCAAAUGUGCUCGAGAAGGCGGUGUCACCAGUGCCUGGUCUUGCCCGCAACGCCACAGUACAGUCAGCAGGACUUCGAGUUCCACCAUCGCCCACCGUCGUACCCACCAUCCCAGACAACGUUGUAGCACCCCUUCUCCAUCCAACACUUCAGGUCCUCGCGCCCAACCCGCUCUCCGUCACCUACGCUGCCUCUCUCCGACCCCUUCCACCCGACCCGACACGACGCAUCACCGGAGCAGGUGUCAGUGGAGGAGCCAUCCAUCAUCGCAGCGGUAGAAAGAUUUCCAACUUGGCCAAUCACUCGAAUGUCAACUCGUAUUCCAGCAUCGCAGCAGCCAAGACUGGACCCGCAGGAUCCGGUCAAGCCGAUCUGUACCGCUGGUAUGUUCGAGCGAGAGCAUCGCCAGGAGCCGGCAUGGUCGGUAAAGCAGACAAGUGCUUGAUGACAUGCGACUGGAAGGUAGCAUUCAACGAGCAGCGCUUUGUGCGCGCCAUGGCGAGGAUCGAAAAGCUGAAAGCGCAAGGGGAGUGGAGUUUCCGUCAGCCAAAGAAGCAGAAAGGUCCUGUGGUUCGGAAAGCUCAUUGGGAUCAUCUGUUGGAGGAGAUGAAGUGGUUGCAGACCGAUUUUCGCGAGGAGAGAAGGUGGAAGAUGACAGUCGCGUUUCAUCUUGCUCAUGAGGUUGCGGCUUGGCAUCGUGCCCGUACGCCUGUGGAGCGAGCUUCUUCCUGCAUUUCCGUGCAAAGACCGUAUCGCCGCCGAACGGUGUCGGACAAUGUUGAGCAACAGACAGCUUCUCAGGAGUCAACGGCUAACUCAGCUUCGGGUCCGGUCGUACAGGCUGCAGAUGCUGGUGAUGACGAAGAGAUGCCUGAUGCAGCUCCUGACUGUCAAUUGCAAGCGGUGAAGUCAAGUAGCCCUCAGAAGAAUGCUGAAGUCGAUGGUAUCGCCAAGGCAACAGAGACUGUGGAUGUAACGAUGGAUGAAGGAGACGAUGAGGCCAAUGCCGCUAUGACAAAGGCAGUUGAUGACGCAGUGGAGACCACGAAUGAAGCGGCUGGUGCUCGGGCAGAGGAAGUAGAUGCAGAUGGAGAAAGCGACGCUGCGGAUGCAGAUCUAGACGAUGUUGAGGCAGCGACUGCAGCACUGGUGUCAGGUGAGCCCUCAAAGCCGCCACAGGUCGAGGUGGUCAGAGAGCCGUUGCCCCAAUCUGAGCCCAUGCCAGCUCUCAGUGCUGACGCUCAAACAGCAGCAGCAACCGCACCAGUCGAACCAAGCACCGAAGCGACAAGCAAGGACUUCAACCCUUCUGACUCAAAGCUCGCCAAUGCUCUGCGCUCGGAACCAAAGAACGCCGACACCACCCUCACAGCAGAGCUCCCACAGCAGCUGCUCGCAACACUUCGAGCACCCAUUUUCUCCACCAACGUCACCACCACAGUGGUGUCACCAGCAACGCUGCUCGAGUCAUUGGAUCCCGAAGCUUCAGCUGCUCUUCUUGGCAUUGAGGUCGGCGACCUGUCUAAUGCUGCGGAUCUGCUCGAACCUGGCUCACUUUCGUUCAGCAAAAUGUUCCCCGAACUACCGCUGUACGGAGGUGUGUCGCUUCCAGAUCCCAACAGCAAGAGCGAUCGACGUUGGGACGAGGGCAGUCUCAACCAGCCGCCUCGACUGACGCACGUUACUAAGCUGCUCGACUCGCGUCCUCUCCUUGUCAGCACACUUGAACCGUCGAAGAACAGGGCCAAUGGUCGAUGGCUGCCGGACAGCGACUGGGUCGUAGCUGCUGAGCAGUCUGAUCCGCUUCGUGGUGUUGCCGAUGGGUCUGACGCUGGCCUACCUCCUCUGCCGGGCUCGCUCCUCUUCGCACGCAAGAGCAACCGUGCUGCUAAGGACACCAAUCAUCCAGCCUCAACCACGCCAGCCGAGCCAGCACAGCCCGACGCAAGAGCAGCCAUGUUCGUCUGGACGUCAGACGAGGACAACUAUCUCAUGACACUCGCUAAGCAGUAUCACAACAACUGGUCCCUAGUUGCGGAUUUGUUCAACUCGACUCGUCUCAACACAGCUACCGACAAACGCGAGCCUUGGGACUGCUACGAUCGAUGCAAGCGCAUUCAACAGGCCGCAGACGAGGGUAAGCCGCCUCCUGGUCCACCACAGCUCCCACCAGCAGCUGCCGAGCCGGAUAAGGAUAAAAAGUCGGACGGCAAAGAUGAUGCUGCCUCGUCAAAGCGCGAGAAGCUGAACAAGAAGCUCAGCUCCAAGUACGAUGGUUCCAAAAGAAAGCUUCGUCGCAGCAAUUUGAUGGAAGUCAUGCGCAAGUCCGCUAAGCGUAGGGAGGCGAGCAAGCAAGCACAGCAGACUCAGCAGACUAAGAAGGCCAACUUGAACACGCAUGAGACUCAUGCGCAGCUCAAAGCUGGGCCGGCGAUCACACCUCAGUCCCUCAGCGCGCUGAAGGCGGAACGAGACCAGGCUGCUCUGCGACAGUAUUACGAGCAGCAGCGUGCUCAAAUUGCGUAUCAGCAACAACAGCAGCAACAGCAGAGGUUGCUGGCACAGCAAGCUCAGGCUCAGAGGAUGGCUCAGCAGCAAGCGGCUGGUGGAGCUGCUGGGCAAGUUGUUGCUACGUCGACGCCUCAGCCUGGUAAGCCUGUUGCCGCGGCGGUUGCGGGAGCUGGUGCGGGCGUCCCUGCUCCAUUGACUUUGCCACCAGGUAGCACGCCAGCUCUUCAAGUCGCACAGCAAGCAGCGCAGAAAGCCGCGGCACCCGCACAACAGCCCCAGCAGCCCGCGCAACAAGCUCCACAAACAGCCCAAUCGCAACAGCAACCCGCCCAGCAGCAGCAGAACCAACAACAACUCCAAGCGCAAUUUCAAGCCUCGCAAGCAGCCCAGAUGCAAAACCUCUACGCGCAAAUCCAGCAACAACAACGUCAGGCACAACAACAACAGCAAAAUGCAGCCUCUCUUGGUCAAGUUCGCCCUGCCGUCGGCCCCCUCACUCCGCAACAGUUGGCAAGUUUGACUCCUCAGCAACAGCAACAGUACCACGCACAGCUGGCUGCUGCUACGGCUGCGGCUCAACAACAACAAUUAAGGAAUCAGAUGGCUGCUGUUGCUGCUGCGCAACAGAGUGGAGUGCAGGGAGUACCGUUCCAAAUGCCGAACGCGCAAGCACAGGCGCAGUUUCAGCUAAUGCAACAGCAACAACAGCAGCAACAAGCACGACCAGCAAACAUCCAAGCCCAACAAGCGGCAGCUUUGCAAAUGUAUCAACAACAGCAGAGGCAAGCUGCACAAGUACAGGCUCAAGCUCAGAUGCGGCCUCCUCAGCAGCAACAAGCGCAAGGUGGGGCGGCACAAGGAGGUCAACAGCAGCAGCAGUUCGGAGCGGUGCGACCUGUAGGUGGGCAGCAGCAAAGACCUCCCGCUGGCGCUGGAGCGCAGCAGGUUAGACCGGCGAAUGGAGGAAAUCCAGGGAUGCCAGCUACAAUUCAAGCUUUGCAGCAACAAUUGGCGAUUUCGUUGGCAACGAGCAAUCUUUCACCAGAACAGAUUAAUGGGUUGGCUAUACAGCUUUAUAAGCAAGCUCAACAGCAGCAGCAGCAGCAACAAGCGGGAGCGGGGGCGAUGGGGGGCAAUCAGAGUCCGAUGCCACAAACUGUGACCGCGGGGCAAGCUAGACCGCAAGCACAGGCAGGUGCUCGACCACCGCAACAGAUUUUAAAUCAGGCUAUUCAGACUUUGGCUGCUCAGAAUCAGAAGAGUCAGCAGCAGCAGCAAGGUGCGGGAGCGGGAGGGGCAGGUGCAAGUGGUGCGGGAAGCCCGGUUCAAGCUAGACCGCCGACUCCUAUGCCUCCUUAG